ACACUCAACCUUGUUAUAAACAACAAAAUUAAUAUCUGCCAAUCUUGGACAAAUAGUGCAAAGAAUAUAAAGGUGGAGAGAGACAGACAGGGCAGACAGAAGUAGACCAGGUGAUCAGCUGUUUCAAGAUGACAGCUGAUUCUGUGCGCGGUGCGUAGCGCAGCGCGGUUCGCGGUGGGAUGAUUACGAGGUAUAUUGCGUUUUGAUAAGGAGAGAUAAGCCGAAAAAAUGGCCACGAGGAACUUAACCGAGCCCUUCGUUUUAAUGCGAAACAAUGCUCUGCAGAGUAGGCAUAUUUACGCCGAACAGCAUCUUACCGAUCGUGUGGCCCUGGUGGAAUCGGAUUCCGGUGCAUCCGACAAUGUCGAAUUGAAGGGGAUGAACGUGGAUAGUGGUGCACCUCCCUCCUGGGCAGAUGCCUUAGAAGAGACGCAGUACAUCUUGAGCAGAUUGCGAGUAAAGAUAGAGAGUCUGAUCGAGCUGCACUCUAAGCAGCUGACCAGACCCACCCUGGAUGAUACAUCUCAGGAGGAAAGGCAAAUGGAGCAAUUGACACGAGAGAUUGGACGUGCAUUCUCCAGUGGCUAUAGACAAGUACAAACCAUCAAGUCAGCUGGAAGGCAUGAAACUAAGCCUACAGAACGUCGGCUGGCUGCCAGCGCAGUAAUCGCCCUUUCAACUGCCUUACAGGAGUUAGGUCUUCAAUAUAGAUCUGCGCAGAAUCAUUAUCUAACACAGGUGAAAUCAAGAGAAGAGAGGAAUAACCAGUUCUUUGCAGAGGACCAGUCUCUUUUAGAUAAUGUAGCGACCGAUUCCUGGUUGACCGAAUCAAAUGAGGCAUCUAGUGAUUACUGGCCAAAAACUGAGCAGAGACAGGACUCGGUUUUAUUGCAAUUGGAAGAACCUGAAGAUAGAAUGAAAUUAGCAAUGGAAAGGGAGGAACAGAUUGGCAGUAUAGUUCAAAGCAUAGCAGAUUUAAAAUAUAUUUUCAAGGAUCUUGCAGUAAUGGUAGAGGAUCAAGGUACUAUUUUGGAUCGAAUUGAUUAUAACAUUGAGCAAACACAAGUACAAGUACAAGAGGGUUACAAACAAUUAAAAAAAGCCGACUCUUAUCAGAAGGCCAAUAAAAAAUUAUAUUGCAUUGUGAUUCUCGCAGCUGCUAUUAUAUUCCUUAGCUUCUUGUUCGUCAUAUUUAAAACGUAGAAUCAAUUUUAGAAUAAAAUUAAUGUAAAAAUAUACUUGUUGGUAUUUAUCGUGUUCCAUAAAAUGAAAUACAUCUUUACAGAGAGUUCAUUGUAUAUAAUGAUGGAAAACUAUUUUUUAAAAUAGUACGUGCAAUUUUUCUCACGUGUUAUAAAAAAAAAAAAAAAA